GGGAUUCGUGGCGGAAAUAGCCAGACGUCAGCUGUACAAUCUCGAGGCCCGGUUCUCGCGUUUCUUCUUUGUCACCGCCCAGAUACCGGCCGAUGACGACUGCUUCGACUGGCUUCUAGUAUGGCUCUCGAAACAACCUGCCAUCAAAAACGCGCGCAAGAAGCUUUUCUCCACUAGCAAAGACCGUAGGAGCCUCGCGAUCCUUCCCGAGGAAGGCGACCACUGGUGCGACUCCAAGAGUCGCCGCCUCUUCAGCCUGCCUUCCGUCUUUGAGACCUACUCGCUGUGGUACAGGCGACGCUGGGUGCGCGUCAUGCGCGUGGCGCUUCCCCAUCCUGGGCAAUAUGAUAAAGAGGCCAUGCAGCUCCAGAUUCUUACGUGGAACCAUGAUCUCCUAGACGAGCUUCUUCUGGAGGCUAAGAAAGAUUAUCUGGCCUCGUUUGAGGAUAAGAUCUGUGUCUACGUGGCUAAUCCUUCGUCAAGCGACUGGAUUCCCCUCGCCACCCGCCCGAAACGGCCCAUCCAGUCGAUCAUUCUUGACUCUGAUGUUCAGAAUAUGGUUCUUGAAGACGUCCAAGAAUUCAUGAGGAGCAAAGCCUGGUACACCGAGCGAGGAAUACCUUUCCGUCGAGGAUAUCUCUUGCACGGCUCCCCUGGCUCAGGAAAGACGUCUCUCAUCCACAGCAUCGCAGGAGAACUCGGGCUCGACGUCUUCCUCAUCUCCCUUUCGGCCCGCGGCAUGGACGACACGAAGCUCGCUGAGCUCAUCGCGUACCUCCCCGAGCAGUGCAUCACGCUCAUGGAGGACAUCGACGCUGCGUUCCUGCACGGUGUCAGCCGCGACGGCGUCGACGGCGUAUCGAGCCCCCAGGCUCAGAGUCAUAGCGGCGGCGCAACGGUGACGCUUAGCGGGUUGCUGAACGCGCUCGAUGGCAUCGGCGCGCAGGAGGGCCGGAUAUUGUUCGCGACGACGAACCGCUACGCUGCGCUCGAUCCGGCGCUAUGUCGCCCUGGGCGGAUGGAUCUACACGUCGAGUUCCGCCAUGCGAGCAGGCGGCAGGCUGAGGAGCUGUUCACGCGGUUCUUCAACAUCGGGACUUCGCCACCGCCGCCAGCGGAGUUGGAGAAACAGCUGUCAGCCGAAGAUAUCAACGACCUCGCGAUCCGCUUCGCCGAGUCGAUCCCUGAGCACGAGGUGUCGAUGGCGACGCUCCAGGGUUUCCUGAUGAUGUACAAGCACAACCCCGUCGACGCUGCCUACGAGGUCUGGGCGUAUGUG